AUGACGACUUUUUUGCUGGAUGUCGGGGACCUGAAGCAGCAGCUGGCUCACAGUCAGACUCUGUUCCCAGACAAUCCGUCAGUCUGGGGCAAAGACCUGGCCGGGUACCUCAACCUCAAUCUGACUGUGCCGGAGACAGAGCCCAGUCACAGCAGCUGCACUCACAACUACCCAUACUGCCUUACAGGGCAGGAGCGGAGGGGUGUGAUUAAAGGCCUCAUCAGACGCUGCAGCGACGCUCUGCCAGGUUUCCUCGACCACUGUGUUUACACCAUGCUCAGGGAGCUGGACAGGCAGUCCGGAGAACCACUUCAUGGCUACAGAGUUUGCAUCCAGGCCAUUCUAAAGGACCAACCCACAAUAGCCACCCAAAAUCUGCCAGAGUAUUUGGAGUUACUGCGGUCGGUUCAGAAUCGCCCGGUGAAGUGUUUGACUAUCAUGUGGGCUCUGGGACAAGCAGGAUUUUAUGACCUCAGCCAGGGACUACAAGUGUGGCUGGGCAUCAUGCUUCCUGUGCUCGGAGUGAAAUCCUUGUCUGCGUAUGCCAUUGCCUAUCUGGAUCUACUUCUCCUACUUCAUGCAAACCUGACAAUGGGAUUUGGCAUCAUGGGAACUAAAGAGUUCUUUCCUUUACUGGAUUUCGCCUUCAUGCCCAAGAAUGCCCUGUCAUCAAGUCUGCAGAAGCAGCUGAGGCGUCUGUAGCCUCAUAUAUAAACUCACCAUUUAACUGUUGUCUUGGAGUUGGGAGGACGUAUUGUUGGGACUGUGGCAUUUCAAAUAUUGUCUUCCUGUUCCUUGCAGCUGCUCAGCAGUAUGACCGAGUGUUUGUGUGUGGACGUAAACAGUCUUGAAGUAUGGAGGGAGCUCUAUACCAAACACUUACCCCAGUCUUCUCUGCUGUUGAAUCAUUUGUUGAAGUCCUGGAAAGUCCUGCCACCAAAACUACGGAAGAACCUUCAAGAAACAAUCCAGUCGUUCCGAGUGACCAGUGAGGAGACGAGAGACACCAUGGGGACUCCGGAGCUUCACGAGUGUCAGGUGAGACGCACAAAUCUGCAGGUGCGUGGUCGCGGGUUCCCCUGGUUCCAGCUGCUCACGGCUGUUCACGACGUCAUAUCUCACGGCUCCUUCACAGAUUCCAGCACAGCGGCCGUAUCUCAGCAGGCCUGGGGCAAAAUAACAGUCCAUUCAAAACAGGGCUUCAGCUGGAUGGAGACAAACACCCCUUAUUAUUACUCUGAGAGUGUGCGGGUCCUGGGGCCACUGAUGACCCAGGCCAUGGAGAAGUCAAAAGCAGCAUCCAUUUUCAUCUCUGAUCACACCACACAGUUCAUCCUCUGGGACAGAGAAAAGACGCCGCUGGUCACAGAAUGGGUCUACACCAACACUCCAGACAGUAUGUCCCAGGUGUUGGCGUAUGUGAGGGAGCUGCACCGCCUCCUCCAUCCCUACUACAUCCUGCCAGCUCUGGCUUUUUUGGCCUUGAUUUAUAACGUUGAUGCGUCGUGUCUGCCGGGCCACGCCGUGACCUUCGCCAAUUCAACGUGGCAGCUGCUCCAACACACGAAUUCCGCCAUCAGGACUUGGGCUCAGGAGCUGCUGACGAGAGCAUGA